AUGCCGCCCAGACCGGCAACGAAGCCGACAACGAAGUCGGGCCCACAGAAGUCAAGUCCAGCAAAGUCCAGCAGGACGUCCCGCCAGAAGGCCGCCCCGAAGCAGCCCCUCCCCGUCGCGGACCGCCUCAAAAGACUUUUCACGUCGCUCUGCGCGCAGAUCGACGGCGGGCACUUUGCGAACGCGAUCAAGACGUGCGAUAAGAUCUUGCGCCUUGACAAGCACGACCCCGACGCGCUACAGACGAAGCUCUUCCUCCUCCUCCAGACGGACCAGUAUGCCGCUGCGCUCGCGAUGGCCGAUGCCCCGAGCGGGCUUCCCGGCGAUACGGAGAGUACGGUGAAGGAUCAUACGUUCGAGAAGGCGUACUCGCUAUACAGGCUGCACAGGGAGGCGGAUGCGUCGGAGGCCAUGAAGGAGCUCAAGGAUAGGAGCGAUGAGGUGGACAGGGGUGUGUUGCACCUAGAGGCUCAGCUGGCGUAUCGGCAGGGGAAUUACCAGACCGCAUUUGAGCUGUACAACCAGCUGCUCGAUACCGCAGACCCAAACUCAGAAGAGCACUCCGACAUCCUCACGAACCUUGAAGCGGCACAGAAGCACGUCGACUUCCUCACGUCCGGCUUCCUCCACGCGCUCGACGCGCUCCCCCCGGCCGUCUCGAGCACUCUCGAAUCCGCACCGCCGCCAGUGGCGCAGCCCCACCAACAGCAGCAGGCCGUGCUCGCGUCCGCGCAAGCCCCCUCUGAGACGCAGAAACCACGGAAGGUGCGGAUGAAGCGCGUGCCGAAGGGUGUCGUGCCCGGGGUCACGCCACCUCCGGAUCCGGAGCGGUGGCUGAAGAAGAGCGAGCGGACCACGUCUGGGCAAGGGGGCAGACGGAGGAAGGGUGGUGCGGGUGGUGGGGCGACCCAGGGCGCUAUGGAGUCUACCGGAGGUGCUGGGGGCAAGAAAUCUGGUGGGGGUAAAGGGAAGAAGAAGUAG